UCUGUGGGAACGGUUCGCGUACUUUUCUCGGCUCCGACAAUCAACUGAAGAAUUCUACAGUAAGGAAAAAACAGUUGCAACAAGCGCAACAGCAUAGACAACAGCCAACAGAUAAAUUUGAUCUGGAAAACUAAAUUCAUAACUGGAAUAAUUUUCGUAUAAACAAAUAGCAACAACAAGAAUAAAUAAUAUUUAUUACUCUGUGCCACGUUCCGUUUUGGCUUUUGUUUUUUCCGUUUUUCGGUUUUUCCGUGUCCGGAAUUGGUGUCGAAAGUGAAGGAAUUUCUGUGUCACUUUUACUAAAAUAGCAUACAAAAAAGAUGUCAGAGCCCGCAGCCCAACAACAGCAGCCGCAAAAUGGCAAGGAGCGCUCCAAGUCCACGGAGGAGAAAGAGAUACCGCGCGAACCGGCGCUCGUCUGCAAAGACAUCGAUAUAAAGACUGAACUAGAAAGCCUAGUGAAACUGCUGGAUGGCAAGAUCUACAAAGAGGAGGAGGUGGCCAUGGAGGAGCUGCAUCAGUAUUUGAUCGAGGACGAUGGCUCCUGGGCAUUGGGUGACAAUUUUCUGGUGUUCGUGCAGCGUGUCCUGCGCGAUACUCAGGCUUUUUCACCGGACACACGGAUACAUCUGAUACGCACAUUGGCCUAUGCGGCCCUCAAGGACGAUGUGAUCAUAAUUUUGCAUCAGGAUCGCCGGGAUCAUACGCUGAUGAACUUUGCCCAGGACAUUGAUAAGCACACACCCGAGGAGCAGCAGGCAUGGGCCAUGUUUAUGUGCAAUCUCUUUGAGAAUGUGGGUCCCUCCGAAUGGCUGCUGUACAUUUCGGAGUGGGAGUACAAUGGCCAGACAACAUCCAAUAUACGAGUCACCACCAAGGUGGCCGUCCACUGCAUUCUCUCCAAUUGUCCGCAGUUGAAAAAUAUUGGCAGCAUGAUCCUCUACAAUAUUGCCAUCAAGGAGGUCAAGACUGUGGUCUUUGAUGACAUUGCCGUGGAGCUGGCCAUGGCCAUUCUGCAGUUCUUCCAGAGCAGUCCCAACGAGGAUCAGAUCUAUCGCACACUGAAGGCACUCGCACGCUUUAUCGAGGUCUCGCAAGACGUACCAAUGAUCAUUCAGAUGAUUGGACCGCAUCCAAAACAAUUUACCGGCAAGAGCGAGCGUGUCGAUGAGCUGGUAAAGAUCAUAAGUCGCAAAGUGCCCGCCUAGACCCGGAUCCGAUGUGCGAAUCCUUCCAAAACAACCAAUAACCAUAGUCCCCCCCGCCUCUUUUCUAUAUAGAUUACUCGUAUAUUUUAGAUUUUUUUCUCUUUUUUGUAAAGCAUUUUGCGCGACACAAUAAACACAUUUUGUAGCCCCC